UCUCUAAUUUCCUCCCUCGCAAGAAAGAUACAAAACCCACCGAGAUCAAUCAAUCAAUUUAUCAAUCCCAAGCAGAAGCAAUGGCGAACGACAAGUCGGUCAUGGCCGUCAUCCGAGCCGCGCGCCCAUCUUUCCGCAACCAAAACGACAAGGUCGCCUUUGCCGUUCACGCUUCCUUCGCCGCCUCCGGCUACGAGUUAAUCGCCGCCGGCCGCCCUGCUUUUUCCGAAAACGCCCUCUCCUCUUCCGCAACUGAGGAAGUGGGUAUUGAGAAAUGGAACGAGCUGGAGAACGAGUACGCGUUCGUGUAUUUGAACCCGGAAAAGGGUUCGAAGAAGGUUCUGGUGAAGUGUCUUGUGAUUGAUGGAACAUUGAGUGUAGAUGCUCUGGCUGAUGGGGCUUCUCAGAACGUUCACUGUGAAUUUAAUGUUGGUGAUUAUGUGCAAGAAAAUGAGGGCAGUAAUUACUCAUCACAGUUUAAGAACUUGGACACCCUAGUGAAGAAUCUCAACGCUCAAGUUUUGUCGAAAUUGGAGGGGUCUUCCACACCCAAGCCAACAAGGGAAACUGGCAGUUCAGACUUGACUAAUAUAUCAGCAAAUGAGCCUGGGCAUGGUGCUGGAUCUCCAGGAGUUGGAUAUCGACCUGGGCCUGGUGCUGGAAGGUAUCCAGGUGGUGGUGAUGAUCUUUAUCCUGGGGCUGGCGCUGGAAUGUAUCCUAGGUAUCCAGUGGGUGGUAGCGAUCUUUAUCCUGGACCUGGUGCUGGAAUGCCUUCUAGGGGUGCUUUUGACGAUGGAAGCAUGUUUGUUGGACCCAAUGAUCGUAGAUUUGGGGACGUUGGACAACCUGGGUUUCCGGGGUUUCCUGGAGGACUACCGGGUAUUCGUGAUCCUCGGUUUGGUGCUGAAAGACCAGAUGGUGUUCCUCCAGGUGCUCGCUUUGAUCCAUAUGGGCCGCCUGGGCUUCCUGAUUUUGAUCCAGAUUUUGCAAGGCGCCCACAGGGGCCAGGAAGCAGGAUCCACCCUGACUUGGAGCAACCCGGGAGUGGUUCGGACUAUAUCUAGAAGCUACUGACGGCCUGACGCUAUCUGAGAGAACUUAAGAAGUGUAGUAAUAUGUUUAGCUUAAUCUCUUUUUGUGUGAGCUCUUUUGUUGUUGACGUAAGAAUCAGUUAGAUUUCAACAAACAUAUGGGUUCUGGUUCGUGAUGUAAAUGGUGUGUUCAACUCAUGUAAAGCUUUUUGGCUCAUCAGGCGCUUCAUUUGAUCUGUAGGAUUUCAGUUUUCAAGUUAUGAUCAGUACUUUCUAUCUGGGCUCUA